AUGUGUAUAUAUAUAAGAGGCCCGGUCUGCUUGAGGCAUCAGAUCUUCACUGACUUCAUCAUGGUUUCCAAGACUGUCUUCAUCGCCUCCUUCUUGGUUGCAAUGUGCUACGCAGCUCCUCAAUUAAGAGCUGCUCCAUAUCCAACAUACAACCAGUUAGGCCUUUCAUAUUCUCAACCACAAGGAUUACCCUACACUAGCUCAUUGGCAACCACAAGGAACUUGGGCAUUUCUGUUCCUCCAGCAACUUACCGCCAGCCCUCCUUGGCUCCAAGACCUGUAGCCAUCCUCAGGCAAUCUCAGGACAAUAACUACGAUGGAACUUUUAGCUACGGUUUUCAGUCAGAAGACGGCACCUCAGUACAAGUAUCUGGUAACCAAGUAGCUCUUGGUUCAGAAGAACCUGGCCAGGCAGCAGCCGGGACAUAUUCCUACAUCGCUCCUGAUGGCACCCCCAUCACCACCAACUGGUACGCCGAUGAGACUGGUUUCCAUGCCGAAGGCGCACAUCUUCCAAAAGGACCAGAAGGACAUUUCAGAGCUCUGUAGCUAAACCAAAUGAGU